AUGGUUACUCACAGGGUGUUUCAAAAGAAAAUUGAGGAUAAUGUGGAACUAGAUGUUGUUUUUGAGAAUGAUCCCAUAAUUGCGGGUAGUGAUGAACUAUCUGCCCUGAUAAAACUUCGAUAUGUUGGACAAUUGGGAAAUACAAAGAAACCCGUGCAAAAAAGCGAUGAAAAUGAGAUAAAACUAACGCCACCACCUAACAACUCUCAAACUUGGGGCAGCAGACUUUCUACACAAUUGACAAAUGCAACAAGAACACUUUUUUUCAAGGAGUUAAAUGAAACGGACUCGGAUGGUACAAUUAAGCAGCAGGAUUCUACUGAUAUAACGCUAUUCUUUGGAUUUGCACAAGUUCUUGGCUAUUAUACGGUAAACGACGAGAUUUUGGACUUCUCGAUAUUCGAAGAUCUGCAGAAAAGCACUCUUAUAAACAACAAGCUUGCUGGGAUAGACACUUUGGAUGCAGGUACAGACUUCAAGAGUACAGCAGUGAUAGCAAACAUUCCGGAUCUUAUGUGUGAGGAGGACAAUUAUACUGGAGAUGGAUUUUCUUCACAGAACUUUCACGUCAUUCCAUUUUACAGCACCAACCAGUCAAUUCUCUUCGGCGAAUUGAAGUUUGAACCGUCAAAAUGGGAUACCGAUGCGAUCAGAAUGUCGCCUAUAAACAAUCAAACGACAAAGAGCUUUUAUUUGAACAUGAAGUUACCUCAAACAUUACCGCCAAACUUUUCAUCAGAUGCUUGCCAAAUCAAAUACAAGCUUGUGAUAGGCUACCAACUAUUGAAGGAAGGAAAGUUCGUUCACUAUACGGUGCAGGUGCCGCUGAGUAUUGACCCAUAUAUUGAUAAAUUUGGCCGCGAACCUUUGUAUCGAAUCGAUAAGUUACAUCUCAAUGUAAAGCCGGAGAAAUGCACCACCACCGAAGUUAGGGCUUAUAGAACAUCACACUCGCGGUCAUCUUCGAUAAAAUCCAGGCGUAACUCCAGUAUCAGCAUGCAGAUAUCUCCAGCAUUCACAGAUGGCGCUGCUGGAUCGACAAACAUGCAAUCGGCUCAGUUAAACGGAAAUGUUCUUUCUGUUCCAAAUAGCAGAUCGCACAGAAGAAGAAGAAGCUCGAUGAUGAGUUUUGAGAAGAUGCGGAAAACUGCAGAGAAGAGAAGUACGCUCAGUGAGUCAAGCUUUGGCGAAAAUAGUAACUCCGAGCAAGAUGCAAUUACGUUUAAAAAGAUCAUAAAUCAACUAGAUACGGCUAAAAGUGAGGAUGUGGGUAAAGUGCAGACAUACUUUGAACAGCUUGUGGAUAAAAGCGUCGAGGCGGAUCCGAAUCCUAGAUUAAACGUCAUGAAAAUUAUGGCGGACUAUCAAAGCAUUCAGAAUGAGCCAUAUGACCCGGAUUCGGACGAUAAAGAGGGAAUGGAGUACGUUUCAAUGAUUCCACAGAUUGAUAGAAACAGGUAUUUGAUCAGGCACGAUCACAUGGACAUAGCCCUGGUUGAAUUAGAUAAGGGGAUAUUUAGAACAGGCGACUUUGCCAAUAUCUCUUUUUCGUUUGACGACUCCGAUAUUGUUACGAAAGGUGUUGAAGUUCAGAUUGUUAGGUCCCAGGUGUUUUACAGGGACGAGUACUUGAAGAAGGGAAGCUAUGACGAUGUCUACAAAGGUAUUACCCAUGGUAGAAAUUUGGAUAGAGUGAUUUAUGAACGGCUAGUCAGCACAUUCGAUGUGCAAAACUUGUGUGUGGAUGCAUUAAUUUCACCAGAGGCCACUCCUCAAUUCCGGACAAGUUUCUUUGACGUGAAGUACUAUGUGCAGCUCAGGUUUAUUCUUCUCGACCAAUAUGGAACAAUUGGCAUGCGAAAAGCACUCAAUGCAAGUUCGGGGGAAAAACUUGAUGAGGCUGCGAUGGAAAAGGCUCCAGAUGACGAUAAGAAAGGGGAUAAGGAGGAUAAGAGCGAUAAGGAGGAUAAGAGCAAUAAAGUAGAUCGAAUUGCAGAUGUAGCUGGUGAGGGCAGUAAAGUGAAAGAAGAAAGCAAAAAGGAAAGCACAAACGAGAAGGAAAGCAUUAAAUCAGGCAACAAUGCGCCAGCAAAGAAGAUCUUUGAUCUUGAGCAUAUUUUCACAGAUCAAAGUGGAUCGAUUCUUUUCAAAGCAGUGGACGAUUUCGAUAAUGGAUACGAGUUCACUGUGAGAAUACCGAUAAUUGUACUACCAAGUUACUCGACAGAGUUUGGACAGGUUACCAGGUUGUAA